CUCAGUUGUUCCCAUUGGAAAGGACAGCCUGUGGUCUAUCUGGGGUUAGUUAGACACAUCUUUUGGACACUCUGUUGAAACUGAAUGAAACGUCGAAUCAUAUGAGCAAAUGUAGCUUCCAAAUUAUUUCAGAUUGCGCCGUCUGCAACAACACUAAAAUAUUCCUAUACGAUUUGGUGCGCUCCUUUUUUAAAAGCAGCGGGCUUUGACUGUAUUUCCUGCUUGCUGCAGCAUUAUCAGUGUGUAUACACGACUGUACUGUGUUGACUAACUGGUUAUGAUACGAGUGGGACGAAACUGGGUUGGGCCGAUUCGAAUAGCACUUACCCUUUUAGGAUAUCCAUAUUGCCUCUGCACCUCAGGAAUCAGGUAUGGAAUCAUUCUGAAGUAAUUUUGGAGACCUAUGAUCAUUCUAUUCGUAUCAUUAGGUAGUUAUCUGUUCUUUUCACCUUCUGUAGACUGCUAUUGCCUUGUUGUCUGCAUUGCAUCUACUCUCUGUUUUAUGUUACUAUUGUCAUACAUUGCUAAGGUUACUUCAAAUGUUAGUUUUAGAUAUUAAAUCUCUCUCCCUCCCCAGGCCUCCCACCUCAUGCUCUCCUGACCAGUUUUCUGCCAGAGUUAGUAAAAGCCUCAGUACCAGUACUGCCUAUAGUCUGUGUGUGCUACCGCCCAGUGUCUUCACCAUGCCCUCCUCGGCCCCUCACAGCAAGGCCAGAUGCCCAAAGUACCCCGGCUCAGAGACACAGCGGUUCCCAGUGCCUGAUGACAAAGUUGACUGGAAGACCGACUGGCCCCAGUACAGCCCAGUGAGCUACACUGCCACGUCUGUGCUCAUCAAGCCUGUAUGGGCAGAUCAGGACAUCGGGUGAGUGAGAGAGAGAGGGUUACAAAUCCAUUUUGUCAUCUGUUUUACUGACAUUAAUAUUAAACUAAGUGAUUAGUUGAAUAUUAAUGAUUAUUAAGAAUUAUUACAAUGUUGUAUUAUUUCACAGGUCUUUCUCCCCGCGGUUUAACGCUCUGGAUGGCAAUGUGGACAGGCGGAGUCACGAGGGAGACUACAGAGUGGAGCAGGGCAUGCCACUGUGAGCCUUCAUCCAAUACAGUUCUACAAUGGUGACCCUCAGCAAGAUGACAUCAAAAUACACAACUUCCUACUUACAGACAACAUCAACAGCAUUCAAAUAUGGCAAGGAUGCCAUUAUUGGCUCAAAUUGUGGAAAUCCCCAAGAAAAUCAGUCUUAGCAGAUUUGAAUUCUGUUGAUGCUGAUGUCAUCUUACUGAGUGUAUCUUUAAAAUCUCCAACAUAAUACUUGACUUGUAAACAUGAGCUGUCAGAAGCAGCUGUGGCAAAUGUGUGACCCUAUUCAAUCAUUGACUAGCCAAUGAUAAGCUAGCAUUCUGCAGCAUGUUACUAAGUAGUGUUUUGCUACAGAGUUCUACAUGUACACUACCGGUCAAAAGUUUUAGAACACCUACUCGUUCAAGGGUUUUUCUUUAUUUUUACUAUUUUCUACAUUGUAGAAUAACAGUGAAGACAUCAAAACUAUGAAAUAACACAUCAUGUAGUAACCAAAAAAGUGUUAAACAAAUCAAAAUAUAUUUUAUAUUUGAGAUUCUUCAAAUAGCCACCCUUUGCCUUGAUGACAGCUUUGCACACUUUUGGCAUUCUUUCAACCAGCUUCAUGAGGUAGUCACCUGGAUUUCAUUUAAAUUAAAAGGUGUGCCUUCUUAAAAGUUAAUUUGUGGAAUUUCUUUCCUUAAUGCGUUUGAGCCAAUCAGUUGUGUUGUGACAAGGUAGGGGGGUAUACAGAAGAUAGCCCUAUUUGGUAAAAGACCAAGUCCAUAUUAUGGCAAGAACAGCUCAAGUAAGAAAAGAGAAAUGACAGUCCAUCAUUACUUUAAGCAUGAAGGUCAGUUAAUAUGGAACAUUUCAAGAACUUUGAAUGUUUCUUCAAGUGCAGUCACAAAAACCAACAAGCGCUAUAAUGAAACUGACUCUAAUGAGGACCGCCACAGGAAAGGAAGACCCAGAGUUACCUCUGUUGCAAAGGAUAAGUUCAUUAGAGUUGCCAGCCUCAGAAAUUGCAGCCCACAUAAAUGCUUCACAGAGUUCAAGUAACAGACACAUCUCAACAUCAACUGUUCAGAGGAGACUGUGUGAAUCAGGCCUUUGUGGUCGAAUUGCUGCAAAGAAACCACUACUAAAGGACACCAAUAAGAAGAAGAGACUUGCUUGUGCCAAGAAACACGAGCAAUGGACAUUAGACUGGUGGAAAUGUGUCCUUUAGUCUGGAGUCCAAAUUUGAGAUUUUUGGUUCCAACCGCCGUGUUUUGUGAGACGCGGUGUGGGUGAACGCAUUAUCUCUGCAUGUUUAUUUCCCACCGUAAAGCAUGGAGGAGGAGGUGUUAUGGUGUGGGGGUGCUUUGCUGGUGACACUAUCAGUGAUUUAUUUAGAAUUCAAGGCACACUUAACCAGCAUGGCUACCACAGCAUUCUGCAGCGAUACGCCAUCCCAUCUGGUUUGGGCUUAGUGGGACUAUCAUUUGUUUUUCAACAGGACAAUGACCCAACACACCUCUAGGCUGUGUAAGGGCUAUUUUACCAAGAAGGAGAGUGAUGGAGUGCUGCAUCAGAUGACCUGGCCUCCACAAUCCCCCGACCUCAACCAAAUUGAGAUGGUUUGGGAUGAGUCGGACCGCAGAGUGAAGGAAAAGCAGCCAACAAGUGCUCAGCAUAUGUGGGAACUCCUUCAAGAUUAUUGGAAAAGCAUUCCAGGUGAAGCUGGUUUGAUUGAAUGCCAAGAGUGUGCAAAGCUGUCAUCAAUGCAUGGGGUGGCUAUUUUAAGAUUGUUUAAACACUACUUUGGUUAAUACAUGAUUCCAUAUGUGUUAUUUCAUUGUUUUGAUGUCUUCACUAUUAUUCAACAAUGUAGAAAAUAGUAAAAAAUUAAGAAAAACCCUUGAAUGAGUAGGUGUUCUAAAACAUUUGACCGGUAGUGUAUAUGAACUCAUAUCAAUUUAAAAUAAUUGAUUGUGUAGCAAUUCAUCAUACAUAAGCUAACUCUCGUCCCCCUCUAGAAAUCCUCGCGGCCGCACUGGUUUGACUGGGAGAGGUUUGCUGGGACGGUGGGGACCCAAUCACGCAGCAGAUCCCAUUGUUACCAGGUAACUUUCCCACUUUAUUCCAUCAUCUCUUAAACUAUGCAACUACUUUUCAGAUAACUUAACCAUAACCUUCCCACAAACUCUCUUUAAAGUAAAACCAACUCCUGUGCCCAAUUUGGGCCACCCCCUAGGCAAUAGCUAAUAGGUGUAAGCAAUAUGGUAGUAUCCAGGGUUGGGGUCAAUUGCAUUUCAAUUCCAGUCAAUUCAGAAAGUAAACCAAAUUAUAAAUGUUCCUAAUUGAAAAUCAUUUGAAUUUCAGUGUACUUCCUGGAUUGACUGGAAUUUAAAUGGAAUGGCCCCCAACCCAGGUAGCUCCACCCUGACCUUGACCUCUGAAAGGCUAUGUAGAAUUCUCGCCAUAUUGGUUACAACCCUCUCAGAAGUGCCUAUGAGCCUCAAACUCAACUCUGUACCUCGAAGCCAGUGCCACUGCAUUUUUUCAUUGUUCCCCUCUAAUCAGGGACUGAUUUAGACCAGGGACACCAGGUGUGUGCAAUUAUUUAUCAGGUAGAACAAAAAACCAGCAGGCUCCGGACCUCAUAGGGUAAGAGUUACCCCUGGCCUAUGGCGUUAGGGGUAGAUUUGCGUACUGUUGUCUCCGUAGUUUAACCUUUCUCUACUGUAUGUGCCACCGCCCUACAGGUGGAAGAGAGACUCAGCUGGACAGCAAGUGUCGCACCCAGUGUCCAAACUGCCAGUUCUGCAGUUUGUGUCCAUCAAGAGGAGAGACUGUGGGGAAUGGGCCAUCCCAGGGGUCAGUGGGAUUCUUUAAACUCCUUCCUUCCUCCCUCCUCUGUCUAAACUGCUCUUCCCUCCUCUUUCUCACCUACUCCUCCCUCCUCUUCCUCACCUGCUCCUCCAUCCUCUUCCUCACCUACUCCUCCCUCCUCUUCCUCACCUGCUCCUCCAUCCUCUUCCUCACCUGCUCUGAACAUCUGUAUCAUCUUGGCCUUCUUGGGAGCAUAGGGCAUCAACCAUGGCUCUACACCUCACCUCACCGUAUUCGUAUGGAUGAUGACUGUGUGUGUGUAGGGUAUGGUAGACCCGGGGGAGCUGGUGUCCCUCACCCUGCAGCGUGAGUUCUCUGAGGAGGCUCUGAACUCCCUGGCAGCUUCCCCCCAGGACAGAGAGCGGAUCCACAAGCACAUCACUCAGCUGUUCAACUCGCCAGGUCUGGAGGUCAGCAGGCUAGAAAUAAUUUAUCCUCAUAUAUUUCUUUUCAUUUUGUAUUCGCUUGUGUAGUUGACGUAAAACACUUCGUUUUCUUUCUCUCUCUAUGUCCCUCUUCUACUUCUCAGGUUUAUAAGGGCUAUGUAGAUGACCCAAGAAAUAAUGACAACUCUUGGAUGGAAACAAUUGCUGUCAACUUCCAUGAUGAUACAGGUAUAUCAAUGAUUACUCUUACAAUAUUAUAGACACUGAUAAACAACAAGUUAAGGCAGUCUUAUCUAUGUGGGAAUUUUUUUUGACUAAAUUCAAUGAAAACAAUCAGGAUGUGGCUCUUCUUACAGCAGGAUAGCGUGCAACAUGUUUCCUUAUUCUUUCAUUUUCCCCCAUUCUGCUCUUUAUUUGUACACACAUUGCAGUUCUCUGAAAUAUAGAUUUUUGCUCUGGUUACCUAGGGAACAGUGUGAGCGAGCUCCCAUUGCAAGCAGGAGAUGAUGCCGGGCAAGUCCACUGGAUCGACCUUGACUCCAUGCUAUCCCUCUAUGCAAGCCACUCCCAUUUCUUGGAGGUGGUCGCCAAGGAGAGGCAUGCUCACUGGUAACCAAGGAAACCGUGUUUGACCGAAGGACUAAGAUGAUUCGUACUGAUGUUGGUGCAAGGUUGAGUAGAAUAUAAUGAUGGAAUUAUGAGACACUGUCCUCGCAUUCAAGAGGAUUGGCCCGAGCAAGGCCCUGCAGCAUAAUCACUAUGUUUCGGCAUCAUGGCCUUCAUCAGGGAGUCACAAAG